AAGGGGACGGAAGUAUAUGCCAGAAAAUGUAAAUCAUCUGUGUUGCAACUAUGCAUGAUGUAAAUCAUUUAUAAUUCAUAUUUCACUUGACUAAUUUCGCCAGCACACACUAUCAUUCAUUUGAUGAUUGAACGUGCGAUAAGAACAACUGACUUUACAAAUCCUAUAUAGGAACGAAUUUCGUGCCUGUACUACGUGCAAUUAAUAGACAAAAGGUAUGUAAUGUAAAGUGUUCUUAUUCAUGUUUUGGUAUCUAUCUGUUUGCUUGCUUUAGUAAGUAUACAUAAAGAACACUAGACGCCUAGCCACCGCCUUCUAGCUUGCUGCGAUAAUUUAUCUACAUUUGCUCUUAAGUUCGCCAAAUUCGACUGCUUUUAGACAAUACUAGAAUGCUUUAAAAUGUACUGUAUUGUAGUCUGACUUAUACAUAAGUGUUGUUAAAUUGCUUCCAUGCGUUUCUGCUCUGUCAAUGCACAUGAUUGCUUCGUGCAUUCAGCUUUGUUCAAAUGUUAUAUGAAUUAAUAUUUAACAUACUUCCGUGUACAAUUUUCGUACAAUGCCACAUGUCACUAUUUGCGCGAAGGUUUAAAUUUUGACUCGGGUAAAAUUAAAAUUCGCUUUUCGUUUGAAGUCCAAUAUUUCUGGUGGUUUUUUUUUUAUAUUUCAGUGCGAAAACAUGUUGAAAUUGGAUAAUAUAGUAAUUGUUAUAAAAGUUCGUAAAUAGUUAAUGAGAAAAGCUGAUCUGUUGUGCAGAGGGGCGAAAACGCUAUUAAAAUGUCUCAUUUAAUGAUAUUUAAUACAUAUCCAGUAUGGCUCUGCAAACAGUCAAAAUUUUAAAAUCCGCAUUGUUUCGGAAAUGAGCGUGAUAUAUUUUAAUUUCCGUUUGUAUUGCACAGUUAUUAUUAAUAAAAGUUAUUCCAUCUCAAAGUAUUUUAAUUCCUCAAGUCCUUGGGUCUGGCUUAUGUUUUUGGUUAUCAUAAUAAGUUUAUACUGUAUUAUUAAAUGCAUCCAUUCAGUGGCUGCAGAGUUGAUACUAUAAUUUGGAAAAAAACACCUUUUGUGUUGUCAAGCUUAAUAAGCUUCAUGUUUUCUGCAGUGCACUCAUCUUAACAGAUUGUGGUGUUUUGUUUACAAAUCAAAAAGUGGAUAAAUCUGCCAGCUGCUGCAUAACUAAUUGCAGCUUUGGUCAAUACCUCCCUGACUCCCCCAAGGUUUCUUGGGGAAAUAUUUCUAAAAAUAUUUAUAGGAAUCUCUUGAUUCUUCUUGGGGCUUGCCAGCCUGACAAUUAUAAUGUCUCUGUGCAAAUGAUUAGGCCAUAUGUCGAAAUGUUAGGGAUUGUUCUUAUGAGAAAGACUUACCUCCUUGGCUUAGAAAGAUAAGCCCUGUUCAUGUGAACAGCCUUCUGUCUUUCAAGUAUAUGAUCAUCUUUGCAAUGCAAAACCAAUACACAAAGCAUACCAAUAAACAUUGUUUUCAGUCAGUGUAUCUGUUAGUAUUUUCCAUAGUUUUUGAAAGAGUUUUUCUAACUUUAUUUGUCCAGAUCAUGUGGUUUAAAGGCUGUAAACUAAGAUAAUAUUUCCAGUAGCUGUUUGUUCAUUCAUUAAUUUUGUUAACAUUUAUUUUACACACUUACUGCCUGACUUGGAGUCUUCUCGAUAACUUCAAAAUAGCCAAUUAAAGUGGGCCCUGUUCGGUUUGCCAUAAUCAUUCAAUCCUAUCUAAUUUUUUUUCUAAUCCUGUUAUCCCAUCAGAUGCAUAAUCCUGAUGCUGCUUUCCACAAUUCUAUAAGAUCCUCUAUUGUUUUCUGUGAGAUAUUCGUUUCAAUCAUUUUAUGAGAAAUUGCAAACACAAACAGAUGAGGUGAAAGGUUCGCUUAUAUAAUUAAUUGCAGCUGUUAAUACUUCAGCUGCAGCAUUUAUAGAUAACAAACUUCUUGAAGCCUCUUUAUACCGAGUACUAUUAAAAGGGAGGCCUGUCCCCGGAUUUGAGGGCAGGGUCAUGAUUGCGAGCAGGGGUGGAGUGUGUAGGGGUUGUAAAACUCCCUCAAUAUUUUAACUUAAGCAAAAAUUAUAAAGGUCGCUAAGAGUCUCAGGAAUCCACUUUUGCUGUUACAUUUUAUUUGCACCCAAUUUGCAAUCAUUAUAUUGUAUUAAAAAUGACCAGUUCAAUCCUAUCCACAGUGAAUGGCAAGUUGCAAAUUAAUCCCAAACUUUACCUCACUGAAUUCUAAAAAUAUUGCACAACCCACACCACUACACACACACACCACAAUCCAGUUUAUCUAACCCCCUUGGAAAAGAAAUGUUUUAUGUUUCUUUAAAAAAUUCCGAAAUGUAACUAAAGACAUCGAAAACAGCAUGUCCCAAAAGUAGUACUCCCCACCCUCAUACCACUUGGUCAUUUUAAGCUCAUAUUAGGCACAAGGAUUAGUUAUUGCUGAUUAAAUACACCUUCGGAAUCUAUCAUCUUCAUGGAUAACGGAGAUGUUACGACAACAUAGGCAAGUUGUGUGCUUGAUUUACACAGUACAACUCAAGUUGUAAGCAAGUUGCAUGCAACAAUUUUAGCCAAAAGUUGUGUAGUGUAAAUUGGCCUUAAGUAAGUAAUAAACAAUCUCGUCUUUUUAGAUUAUUUUGUUAUCUAAAUGGGAAAGCAACAGAGUAAAUUAAGCCCAGAAAUUUUGGCCGACCUUUCAGCGACGACGGAGUUUGAUGAAAAUGAAAUCAAAGAAUGGUACAAAGGCUUUAGGAAAGAUUGCCCGACAGGCCAACUAGGAAUUGAAGAAUUCAAAGGUAUUUAUUCCAAUUUCUUCCCAAAUGGAGAUCCGUCAAAGUUUGCAGAACAUGCAUUCCGCGCGUUUGACAAGAACGGAGAUGGAGUGAUCGAUUUUCAAGAGUUCAUCGUGUCGUUGUCGGUGACUUCUCGAGGCAAGAUGGAGGAUAAAUUGAAGUGGGCCUUUAAUAUGUAUGAUAUCAAUGGAAAUGGAUAUAUUAGCAGGUAAACAACAUAGAUAAGUAGUUGGUUAUUCCGAAGCAUCGUCAUGGUGGCUAUCCCUACUUUUCAAAGACACAGUGGCAUCAGAAGCAAAAUGUAUCAACCGAGGUCAGGGGGUGGGCUGAAGGGAUGGGCUUGGUUUGUGGGGGCAGGGGGGGGGGUGCUAAGCAUCCUUACUUGCAGCUGAGAGCUAAGCUGAAUUACGAAAGACGCAGUUCAACCUGAUCGAGUCGAAGGCUUUCUAAGGGUGCCCCUGGCAGCCACCUUAAUACCUUAUGACUCAUGCCGGAUCCUGGGAACGAGGUUGCCAUCGUUGCCACUGUGCUCCAUGAACAUUCAUUCCCUGUGGGAGGAAACUGGGGCACCCGGAGAAAACCCACGACUUGCGGUAGAGCGUUGUUGACCGACUCUUUUCACAUAAACUUUCAUGAGUCCAUAGCGAGAAUCAAACCCACGAUCUCAGAGGUGAAAUGCGCUUCCUCUGACGAUCGACUGCGCGACCGAAGCCCCUCAAUGAGUCGUUUAAUCUGCGCUCUUACUGUUUUAGAGAUGAACUAUACGAAAUCAUGGUCGCAAUCGAGAAGAUGGGUGGAGCUAUACAAACAGAUGGCGAUGGUGGUUCGGCGAAAGAGCGCACGGACAAGAUCUUCUCACAAAUGGAUAAAAACGCGGAUGAUAAACUCUCCAUGACCGAGUUCAUUGAAGGAGCAAAAUCUGAUGCAUCCAUUGUGAAGAUCCUUCAAUCUAGUUAGAGUGCUACUUCGUCUUCGGGGAAAAAACAUGAUCUUGCGCGGAACAAUAAUCAAUACAGGAUAUGUACUAAUAUUGUGUUACUAAUACUAAUAGCCAAUUGUCAGUUCUUAUAACAUAUUUCAAAUUCAUGAAUAAUUGAGCGGUAAACGGGAUGCGAUCUUAAUUAGCAUAGAAUUUCGUCAACUUUAACUUUAACUGAACUUAAAUUUUUCGGUAGAACUACGGAGUCAUUUGUGAAUUUGAGAUGUCGUAUCAAAUCCGACUAUUCGGACUUUAGUCUUUACCCGAUACAUCCAGAUUUUGCAAUUAGUUCAGACCCGGUGAAACGAGCAUAAGAGUUGCCAUGAGAGUUGAUAGUCGCGCAUUGUUCCAGGGGACAUUUCAAGCUCUAGAUUAACAAGACAAAGGUUUGAUGAGUGUUCCAACUAUGUUUUAACUUCAAUAGAAUACAAGAUAGUGUUGGGAAAGCAUUAAGAAUCGCUAACCAUGGUCGGGUGACCGCCAAGUACGGAAUUAGGGGUUAAGGUUAGGACCGCAAGGAGUAUGCAGAAGUUUAAUUAUUUGAACUCUCAUCCUGGUUUCAUCCGAGCUUAAUUGCAUGGGCUACACACGCAAAAAUAUCACAUCUUGUAACAAGUUUGUCAACAAGUUGUCUUCGCACUGCUUGUCACAAGUUGUCAACAAGUUUGGAACAAACUGUUAACAACUUGUAACAACCUUGUUGAUAUCAGACUUGUUGCAAGGUUGUUCCAACAGGUCCGAUACAGUCAUGGUAUAACAAUGUUGUUACAACCUUGUAACAUUCUUGUUUUUCAUGACUGUAUCAGACUUGUUAGAACAACCUUGUGACAAGUCUGAUAAUGCCAUCAAGCUUGUUACAAGUUGUUAACAGCUUGUUCCAAACUUGUUACAACAACUGGGAACAAGCAGUGCGAAGACAACUUGUUGACAGCUUGUGAACAGAUUUGUAACAACUUGUUUGCAGACUUGUAACAACUUGUGCGUUUUUACGUGUGUAGCCGUAGGUAUCAAUUAACCGAUAUAGUUAGUUUUCAUUAAAAUUCUUAUAUUGUGUUAUUGCACCUUCGAAUUCCCUUUCUAAAAUAUAUAUUGGCCUGGUUUAUAAUAGCUGUAAAAUCGUGCUAUAAAAUUCAAGAUAUCUAUGAUAAAAUUACAUAUUGAAGAGAGUUUAUAUAGUAGGUUGCGUGAUUUCUAUAUUUAGCUGCAGCUAUUGGCCAAUCAGAAGACACGUAGUGCGUGCAAUGUAUAAUAAUACGCGAUGAUUGGUUGAAUUUUUCUACCAGACGAAUCCGUCCUCCCCGAUCGGGGAAUUAGGUAUUUUGAAAAUUCGCUUCUCUAAUCUAAUAAUUCUGGAAGUUUUGUUUUCGAGUGGUUGAGUAGGUUAUAUUUGUGGAACAGAAUAUACAGACAUUCAUGAAGCAAGGUCUUGAAACACCUCUAUUAAUUAACAAUGUCUUGUAAAUUUAGUUACAUGUAAUAAAAUAAUAGGUGCGGAGUGGCAAAACUAAUUAAAUAUUUAAUAUCUUUUGGUGUUG